GAGGAACCUCCCUCAUCCCUGUCCUGAGUCCAAAUGCCCUCUUCUUGGAAGCGACCCAUGCUCCUGUCUGUACAUGAAGACCCCGUGCCCACCAUGGCCUCUUUGGGUGAACGCAGUCAAAAGGUGCUCCCUCUGCCAGAAGACACGAGUUGUCCCUCUGUGGUCUUCAGUCAGGCUUCAGUCUCCCCACCUGGCAUGACAUCACUGCUCUGGUCUAAUUCAUUGCUCAUCCAUGACCUGCUCUGAGAAGCUGAGGGACGACAGCUCCUUAGGGGAGAGGCGUGAGAAGCAUUGAGAUGUUCAACUUCACCACACAAGUCCUCGGGUCUGCUCUCAAUAGGACCCUUUCAGAGGACGACUGCCCGGACACCGAGUGGUGGAGCUGGCUCAACGCCAUCCAGGCCCCCUUCCUCUGGGUCCUCUUCCUGCUGGCCGCACUGGAGAACAUUUUUGUCCUCAGUGUGUUCUGCCUGCACAAGAACAGCUGCACUGUGGCGGAGAUCUACCUGGGUAAUCUGGCCGCCGCGGACCUCAUCCUGGCCUGCGGAUUGCCCUUCUGGGCCAUCACCAUCGCCAAUAACUUCGACUGGCUGUUCGGAGAGGUGCUGUGCCGCGUGGUGAACACCAUGAUCUACAUGAACCUCUACAGCAGCAUCUGCUUCCUGAUGCUCGUGAGCAUCGACCGCUACUUGGCGCUGGUGAAGACCAUGUCCAUAGGGCGCAUGCGCGGAGUGCGCUGCGCCAAACUCUACAGCCUGGUGAUCUGGGUGUGCACGCUGCUUCUGAGUUCACCCAUGCUGGUGUUCAGGACCAUGAUGGACUACAGCGAAGAGGGCCACAACGUCACCGCCUGCGUCAUCGUCUAUCCGUCCCGCACGUGGGAGGUGUUCACCAACGUGCUGCUAAACCUGGUGGGCUUCCUCCUGCCCCUGAGCGUCAUCACCUUCUGCACCGUGCGCAUCUUGCAGGUGCUGAGGAACAACGAGAUGAAGAAGUUUAAGGAGGUCCAGACGGAGAGGAAGGCCACGGUGCUGGUGCUGGCUGUCCUGGCGCUCUUUGUGCUGUGCUGGGUACCUUUCCAGAUCAGUACCUUCCUGGACACGCUGCUGCGUCUCCGCGUGCUGUCGGGAUGCUGGUACGAGACUGCAGUCGAUGUCAUCACGCAGAUCAGUUCCUACGUGGCCUACAGCAACAGCUGCCUCAACCCGCUGGUGUAUGUGAUCGUGGGCAAGAGCUUCCGGAAGAAGUCCCGAGAGGUGUACAAGGCGAUGUGCCGGAGGGCAGGCUGCAUGGGGGAACCCAGCCAGAUGGAGAACUCCCUGGGGACCCUGCGGACCUCCAUCUCGGUGGAACGCCAGAUCCACAAGCUGCAGGACUGGGCAGGGAACAGACAGUGAGCAAGGCCCACCAAGCAGGACCAUGGCCAAGUGUGUGAGGACUGGUGGGACCUGAGCUCCUCAGCCUCAGUUCAGAAAGGAGCGUGAGGCGCCCUAGGCAGCCUUCGGGAACCAGGCAGCUGAUUCCAGCCCUAUCUCACCGCGUAAGCAUGCUGUGAGGAGUGGGUACGCUGAAGCACAGUGGGAUUGUACUUACUGGCUGGCACUCAGGUCCCCAUGAGUGGAGGGGUCCUGGGGUAGGGAUGGGAGUAACAGCACUUCCUUCCCUUUGGGGGAAGAACAAACUGCUGCCAGCUUUGGCCCUGAGGCCACAUGCAGAGGAGGCCUGGCUGCCUUGCUUCCCAGUUUCAUGGGUCUUCUGAAGGUUAAGUUCUGAGGAGCCCUGGUAAGGACCCAGAGACUGGGAUUCUGUGGCUCUUUCACCCGUGGACGAGGUGGAAAGCACAAAAGAAGAGCCCUAAGUGUUUAAGGAACACUUGCUGAAUAUAUAGCAUUGGACAGUGUGGGCAAGAGGGAAGAAAUGUGCAGUGUAAUUUGACAUAAGUGGAGAAUGUCGAGGACUUGCAAGCCCCCGGAAGGCUGCUGAUGGUCCAUCAGAGCAAGGAACUGUGGGAGAAGCAGCAAGCACGGGGCCUAGAGGAGCCAGGAACCCUGAACACAGUGGCUUGGUCCAUGCCUCCACUUCCUGCGAUGUAAAGUGGGGGUGUUUUGUGCUUUGGAAAGUGAGGUGCUAUAUGACUGUGAGGCAUCACAACACACAUUACGAGGACAUGCAUCAGAACACACAUCACGUGGACACACGUCAGAGCACGUACCACACAGAGACGCUUGGCACAGACGAAGCCACUCAGGCUCAUAAACUACUCUGUGGCGAACAGCCAGCCUUGCAAGGCACAGGACCUGCCUGCAGGUGUCUGAGACCCUCACUCCUUUCCACCUUCCCCUCCUAGCACCCCACACCCACAUACACACAAUAAAGCAUCUGGUACAUGGGGAGGGUGGGAGACAGCAAGUGUUUGGUUUGCAACGAGAAAAAGAAUUCUGAUGCUGCAAGAAUUCAAUGUCAUCCCUUGCCGAGAGGAUCCACACCUCAGACCCUGGCUGCGAAUCAGGAGCUGUCCUGGGGAGUCCAUGCUGCGUCACAGGAUUCCUGUCUCAGUGACCAACAGGUGCCAAUCAGUGAUUUAUUUGAGAGUGGUUCACAAAGCAGUGGAGGCUACCGAAGAGCAGCUGACCCACCCAAGGUCACUUAACCCAGGGCGUCAGUUCCAGGACCAUCUCCAUACAAGGCCCCGUGAGUGAUGGCAGGGCCCAGGGAACUCUGACUGGAGAAACGCCUAGAGAAGACAACACACCUGCACACUGAACAGAGAUAAAAGGACAGCCUCCCGGGUGGCUCCAGGGCCAAUGGGUUCCCAUCAGAACCUAUCCCAGGGCACUUAGGUGAGCUCGGGUGUCACUGGAGACACUUGUCCCAGCCAUCCUGCCGGAGGCUCAGGUGACAAACACCAUACCCCUAGUUCCAGAAUCUUCCAUAGGCGUUUAUCUUUCCACAAGUCCACAUCAGUUACUCGAUCUGUGACAAACAACCUGACAGAAGCCGCUCAAAGGAGAGAAAAGUUUUCUUUUGUCUCACAGUGUCAAAAGGUUUCAGUCCGAGUUGGGCGUGUUGACAUGCCUGUAAUCCCAGCUCUCUGGGAGACAGAGGCAGGAGGAUCUCUGUGAGUUCAAGGCCAGCCUGGUCUAUAAAGCAAGUCCAGGACAACCAAGGCUACACAGAGAAACCCUGUCUUGGAAAUAAAAAAAAUAAAUAAAGUUUCAGUCCAAGGUAGCAGCAGCAGUAUGGAAAGCAGAGCAUGUGAAAGGAAGAUCUUACAUUAGAGUGGACCAGAGAAAGGAGACAGAGCUGGAACAGGGGGUGGGAUAAGACCUUCCAAGGUCUUUCUCCAAUGACCUUCUUUCACCAACUAGGUCCCACUUCCUAAAGGCUCUCUAGCCUCCCAAAAUAGGACUAGCAGUCAGGGAAUAAGCUCACAAGCUCGAGCAGCGGGGGGAACAUUUCAGACUCAAACUACAACGAUGUCAUUACCGACUGGGCCCUGUGGCUAACACUACGUCAAGGAGAAAGGAGGAACAUACCACACAGCCUCCAAUGCCAGGCCACUUAGGACCUACCCACUCAAUAGCCUAGGAGCAAUGGAGACUCAGGAAGUGAGCAGAGUCCACUGGGGUUUGUGGCCAGGCUGGAGGCAGCGGAGAGCUUACAAGGCAAAAAGCUCAUGAAUCCCAACCAAUCUGACUUUGAAUGUCCUAACAGACAGGAUCCCAGGAAGUUCUUUUUCCACCCCAUGCUCCCGGACCCUACUCCAACAAGCAAAUGCAACACUUGUAACCAAUAAGAAAAAGAAAUAAAAAAUAGAUGACAUAAGACCCGUGUGCUAGAAUUCAGGGCUAGAAUGUACCCAUACUGUGAACAGGAAGCAGGCAGGCCUCCGUCCUCAGAAGAGGAGUUGGUGGGCUGUGGGAUCAAGGAGCAUGGCUGGCCACAGCCUGGGCUCCUCAGGGUGGCUAAAGGGUCUAUCACUGCAGGGUCUGUAAUGAGGUGUGCAGGAGGGAAGCCCCCUUGUGUUUUGUGUUGACACCCUGAUGAGAAAUCGUGCCCAGUGGAAGACCCAGAGAGCUUUGUAGUGUGCGGAGGAAAUGGCCAGAGCGCCAGUGGGAGAGGAUUGCUCUGUGUAAACACACAACUCUUCUGUGCAUUGGAAUAAAUGGAUGAGUUUUGCAUACUG